AACGCGCCCGCCCGCGAGGCCCGAUUGAAGGGAGCCGCCGAGCGCUCUGCCGCCGCCCGGACCUCCCGCUCUCGCCCGGGCGCGGGAUGCGAGUCGGGCCGGAGCCCCAGCCGGCCCGAAGAAAUGAGUGGCGGCUUGGCGCCGAGCAAGAGCACCGUGUAUGUGUCCAACUUGCCCUUCUCCCUGACGAACAACGACUUAUACCGGAUAUUUUCCAAGUAUGGCAAAGUUGUGAAGGUUACUAUAAUGAAAGACAAAGAUACGAGGAGGAGUAAAGGGGUUGCAUUUAUAUUGUUUUUGGAUAAAGACUCUGCACAAAACUGCACCAGAGCCAUAAACAACAAACAGUUGUUUGGUAGAGUGAUAAAGGCAAGCAUUGCCAUCGACAAUGGAAGAGCGGCUGAAUUCAUCCGAAGGCGAAACUACUUUGAUAAAUCUAAGUGUUACGAGUGUGGGGAAAGUGGACACUUAAGUUAUGCUUGUCCGAAGAAUAUGCUCGGAGAACGUGAGCCUCCAAAGAAGAAAGAAAAAAAGAAGAAAAAGAAAACGGCAGAACCGGAAGAAAUCGAGGACGCAGCAGGCAGCGAGGACGAGGGGGAGGACCCUGCUCUGGACAGCCUCAGCCAGGCCAUCGCCUGCCAGCAAGCCAAGAUGGAAGAACAAAACAAAUGGAAAGCCAGCGCAGGGGGCCCUUCCGCCUCCGAGGACUCCCGGCGCCCGAGGAUAAAGAAGAGCGCCUACUUCAGCGACGAGGAAGAGCUUAGUGAUUAGAGCUGUGCGCUGGGAAUGUCAAGAAAACGAAACCCACCGCAGCACGGAGUAUUUGCGUACAGGGACACUUAGUGUUUCUUGCUACCAGAUAGUGCACAGAAGAUGAAACGUAAUUUUUAAAAUUAGCAUAUUUUGAGCUGGGCGCAGUGACAACUCGUGUAAUCCCAGCACUCUGGAAGGCUGAGGCAGGAGGACUGCAAGUUCAAGUCCAGCCUGGGCAACUUAGGAAUUUAGCAGACCCCCUCUCAAAACAAUUUAAAAAGUUACACCAAGAAUGUAGCUCAGUGGAAGGACCUGGGUUCAAUACCAGUACAAAACAAAAAAAUUGUAUUUCUGCCUUGCCAUGGUGUAGUAGAGACUUAACAUCUCUAAUCCAAAAAUCCAAAGUGCUCUAAAAUCCAAAACUCUGAGCACCAAUAUGAUGGCUCGAGUGGAAAAUACCACACCAUGCAGUAUAAUUCAUGUGCGACACUAUGAAAAUUACUGGAUCCAGCUGCCUUCAGGGUAUGUACAUAGAUAUAUAUAAAUCAUAAAUGAAUUUCAUGCUUACACUGAGCUU